UUCUAUCAGACCAAAACCCUUUCUUUGAAUCCCAUAAAUCAAAAUUCUCGAUCUUCAAAUUCCAUAAAAAUCUCUCCUUUAGUUGUUCCCUUAAACAGAUCAAGAGUUUGAUUCGUGAAAGAGAAGAUUUUUAAUCUCCGCCUCAAUCGAGUCCGAUGUCGAUACGUAUUAUUCCAUACGAUGGCUCAAUCUCCGGCGAGCCAUCUCCGUCUCCGGCGCCACCGAAGGCGAACACGAAGAAUCUACCAACGAAGAUUCUCUCCAACUUCCUUGUAGGUCUAAUCAUGAUCCCUCUAGCUGUAACCGCUUUCCUCUUUAUCAUCACGUCUCUUGGCUUCACCUUCUUCUUCGCUUUCUACUGGUUUCUUCACCGGAACUACCGCCACCGUCUCCGUCGCCAUCGCCGUCACGAAUACUCAGACGGGUUGUCUCCGAGAUGCGUGAAGAGGCUUCCCCAGUUCAAGUUUUGUGAGCCUGCAGAGUACGGAAGCGACGAUUGUGUAGUUUGUAUCGAUGGAUUCAGACAAGGACAGUGGUGCCGUAAGCUGCCUCGUUGCGGACAUGUGUUUCACCGCAAGUGUGUGGAUUUGUGGUUGAUGAAGGUCCCUACUUGUCCGAUUUGUAGGGAUAGAGUUUACAGAUUUGAUGAAGGAAGAAGAUGGAGACCAGAAGAUGAAAUUGUUUUCAGUCAGUGAAGAAGUUAGUUUUCUUAGUAGAUUUGUAAGUGUGUUUAGUUUGUUUUUGGUACCUUCAUGAUCUUGUUAGCAGCAAUUUUGGGGUUUCCAUCAAUAAUCAUGUACAGUGGCUUUUUUUUGUUUACACAGCUUCACAAUUGAAGCUUUGUUUCUUCAAUGUUUGGAUUAGAUCCAGAAAACGAAUAAUGAGUUUCUGUAGAGUUCAGCAUAGUUUGAAGUCUGAAUCAUGCCAAUUGCUUUUA